AUGAUCAAUAAAGAUAUGUUUGACAAUAUGCAUUACAAUGAUUCAAUCAAUUCUGUCACCUUACAUUUGUCACCAUCAACUACGACACUGUCAACAUCUCACAGAUCAAAUUCUCCAAUUAAUGAUGGAUCAUCGUUGAUAUUUGAUGGACCAACAAUUACACUACCAUCAGGUGAUAAAACGACGAUUAUCUGUGAGCCAACAGUUGCUGGUGAUACAGACAAUAGGCCAACGUUAAAAUUUGCGCCAGUAAUUUGUGAGCAAGGACCAAGUGCGCCAUCAUCACCAACAAGUCCAGGAGGUUCUCGCUUACGUCGUCCUCGUCCAUUAAAUGCAGAUGCUAUGGAACGAAUAAGCGUUGUAAAAUUAUUAAUUCAUUAG